AUGGCGGGUCUUAUUGCGAAGUGGAUCAGCAAGAAGAUUCUGGCUGAAAAGGUCGAAAACAACUUUGGCCGCGAGGACCCCUACUUUGAAACCGUCCCUGCCACCAGGCUUGAUGGCACCCCUACUGGCAAAGUCAAGAAACGCAGAAAGGCACUGCCUCCAGGAAUCUCCAAGCAAGACGGAGAGGUCUUGACAAAGGUCAAGCGUCGAGCCUACCGACUCGAUCAGUCGUUGUUCACCUGUUGCGGUGUUAAAUUUGGUUGGGGCAGCGUCAUCGGUCUGAUUCCUGCUGUUGGCGAUGUGCUCGAUGCCUUCAUGGCCAUGAUGGUGUUCAGAACUUGCUCCAAGGUCGAAGGUGGACUACCGAAUUCGGUUAAAUCCAAGAUGAUGUUGAACAUCAUCGUUGACUUCUUCAUCGGUCUUGUGCCCUUUGUGGGAGAUAUCGCCGAUGCUGCUUUCCGCGCCAACACCAAAAACGCCAUUGUCCUCGAAGAGUAUCUUCGUGAGAAGGGAAAGAAGAACCUGCGUCGCAGCGGAGCACCUAUACCAGCAGUUGAUCCAAGCGAUGCGGAAGAGUGGGAUCGCCUGCAAGGAGACCGUACACCGCCCGAGUAUGUCAGUCGGGAGCCAUCUCGCAACGGACACAUGUCGUCGAGCCACCAGAACUCGUCCACUGGACGCCCCCCGGCGCCUCCAGCCAGCGCUGCUGUAAGAGAGGAACAGCCGACUGGUGGUGGGCGAGGCUGGUUUGGAUUUGGUCGAUCGAGAGUUAAUGAUGUGGAGUCUGCUCGCGAGCCCAGGGACAGGCCAGCCCGGCAAUUGCGGCGAUAG